CUCUCUCUCGGUUCCGCAGCAGAAGGAGGAACCGAGUGUAUGGCUCGGAAAGUCGGCGAUCUCCGCGUAAACGACCAUAAACGCGGAUUGUUUACAUCGGCCAGAAGAGCCUGUUCUACUUCCCCGCCUCCUUCCCUCCCUCCCUCCCUCCAGCGGGACAGCGGCCGCCUGGGCUCACCGUCGCCGUCGAUAACGUCAGUGGAGCGGGCGAUGGCCCCGGUACUCGCCCCGGCCUUCUCAAUCUGCCCCGCUACGUAGGACUGCAAGAGAAAACAAGUUUUAAGACCUGUGCGUCUGGAGUCUUGUGAGAAAUAGAAGAAGAAGAAGAAGAAGAAGAAACCCCGACAACGAGGAAGGAAGACCGGAUUUCUACAGUUUGGCAGCAUCGCACACUGAUUUUGGUUUCGUGAUCUUUCAGAGUGGAUGUGCCGUCCAAGCUGACCGAGAUAUGGCUGUGCUUAAACUCGCCGACCAGCCUCCACUCAUCCAGGCAAUCUUCAAUGGAGACCCCGAGGAGAUCCGUAUGCUCAUCUACAAGUCUGAAGACAUCAACGUCCUGGAUGCAGAGAAGCGAACGCCAUUGCAUGCUGCAGCCUUUCUGGGCGAUGCUGAGAUCACUGAGCUCCUCAUCCUCUCUGGGGCUCGGGUCAAUGCCAAAGAUAACAUGUGGCUCACCCCUCUCCACCGCGCUGUGGCAUCCCGGAGUGAGGAGGCGGUGCGCGUGCUGAUCCGCCACUCUGCUGACGUGAAUGCCCGGGACAAGAAUUGGCAGACGCCGCUGCACGUGGCCGCGGCGAAUAACGCGCUGCGAUGUGCCGAGGUCAUCAUCCAGCUGCUCAGUAGCGUCAACGUGUCAGACCGUGGCGGUCGCACCGCCCUGCACCACGCCGCCCUCAACGGCCACACAGAGAUGGUGAGCCUCCUCCUUGCAAAAGGAGCCAACAUCAAUGCCUUUGAUAAGAAGGAUGGUCGAGCACUGCACUGGGCAGCUUUCAUGGGUCACCUGGAUGUUGUGUGCCUUCUGGUGAGCCAAGGGGCAGAGAUCAGCUGUAAAGACAAGCGGGGUUACACUGCCCUCCACACAGCAGCCUCCAGUGGCCAGAUCGCAGUGGUCAAACACCUGCUGAAUUUGGCUGUGGAGAUAGAUGAGUCCAAUGCGUACGGAAACACGGCGCUCCACGUGGCCUGCUUCAAUGGCCAGGAUGCAGUGGUCAGCGAGCUGAUUGACUACGGUGCCAACGUCAGCCAGCCCAACAACAAGGGCUUCACACCGCUGCACUUUGCCGCCGCCUCCACGCACGGCGCCCUCUGCCUGGAGUUUCUAGUCAACAACGGGGCCGACGUCAAUGUGCAGAGUCGAGACGGGAAGAGCCCCCUGCAUAUGACAGCGGUACACGGACGCUUCACACGUUCCCAGACCCUUAUCCAGAAUGGCGGGGAGAUUGAUAGUGUGGACAAGGACGGCAACACCCCACUCCACAUUGCUGCCCGCCAUGGCCACGAGCUCCUAAUCAACACGCUCAUCACUAGCGGAGCAGACUGCACAAGGCGAGGCAUCCAUGGAAUGUUCCCUCUCCACCUGGCUGCCUUGAAUGCUCAUUCUGACUGCUGCCGGAAGCUGCUUUCCUCAGGCUUCCAGAUAGACACGCCUGACAGUCUCGGGAGGACCUGUCUGCACGCUGCUGCUGCUGGAGGUAACGUAGAGUGUGUGAAGUUGCUUCUGAGCAGUGGUGGAGAUCACAACAGGAGGGACAACUGCGGCAGAACCCCGCUCCACUAUGCGGCUGCCAGCCGCCACUACCAGUGCCUGGAGACUCUGGUGGCGUGUGGAACCUGCAUCAACGCCACUGACCAAUGGGGCCGCUCCGCUCUGCACUAUGCCGCUGCCUCAGACCUGGACAGAAGGCGGCGUGUGGCUCUGGAGCCGGAGAGUGAGGGGGUUCAGGCCGAGAAGGAGAAGGAGGCAGCACUGUGUUUGGAGUUCCUGUUACAGAGCGGCGCUACGGCCUCUCUGAAAGACAAACAGGGCUACAGUCCCGUCCACUACGCAGCUGCCUACGGACACAGACACUGUCUGGAACUGCUGCUGGACAGAGAUGAGAGCCACCAGGAAGACCCUGACUCCCUCAGCGCCAGGAGCCCACUGCACCUGGCUGCAUACCACGGCCAUGCGCAGGCCCUGGAGGUGCUGCUGCAGGGGGAGAGAGAGGUGGACCAGGGGGAUGAGGCAGGCAGGACCCCCCUGGCCUUGGCUGCCCUACGAGGACACACUGACUGCGUCCACACACUCCUCAGCCAGGGGGCGUCACCGCGCACCAUAGAUAGUCAAUAUGGUCGCACCCCUGUGCACCUGGCGGUAAUGAACGGUCAUACGACCUGCGUCCGUCUCAUGUUGGAGGACUCAGACAGUGCAGAGCUGGUGGAUGCUGCAGACUCACAGGGCCAGACUCCUCUGAUGUUGGCAGUAGCAGGAGGUCACGUGGAUGCAGUGUCUCUGCUUCUGGAGAGAGAAGCUAAUGUCAACAUGGCUGAUAGCAACGGACUCACGGCACUGCACAUUGGGUUGUUGUGUGGUCAGGAGGAGUGUGUCCAGUGUCUUUUGGAGCAGGAGGCCUCGGUUUUGUUGGGCGAUGCGCGGGGCCGUACAGCCAUCCACCUGGCGGCAGCACGGGGCCACGCCUCGUGGUUGAGCGAGCUGCUUAGUAUAGCCUGCUCCGAGCCGCCCUCGCUGCCCCCUCUACGAGACCACUGCGGAUACACACCCCUACACUGGGCCUGCUACUAUGGUCAUGAGGGAUGUGUGGAGGUACUGCUGGAGCAGAAGGGGUGCCGCUGUAUUGACGGGAAUCCGUUCACUCCCCUGCACUGUGCUGUGGUGAAUGACCAUGAGCCUUGUGCCUGUCUGCUGUUGGAGGCCAUGGGAUCAGACAUCACUAGCUGUAAGGAUAACAAGGACAGGACUCCUCUCCAUGCAGCGGCCUUCUCAGGUCAUGUUGAUUGUAUCCAGCUGCUCCUUUCCCACGAUGCACCUGUUGAUGCCGUGGACCAGUCUGGUCGCACAGGGCUGAUGAUGGCAGCAGAGAAAGGAGGAGUUGGGGCGCUCGAGGUGCUGUUGACAAGCGCAAAUGCUAACCCCAGUCUGACUGACAAAGACGGCAACACUGCCCUGCAUCUAGCCUGCAGUAAUGGGAAGGAGGACUGUGUCUUGCUGAUCCUGGAGAAACUGUCUGACCCUGCCCUUAUAAAUGCCACAAAUGCUGCACUGCAAACUCCACUCCACCUGGCGGCCCGUAGCGGCCUGAAGCAGGCAGUCAAGGAGUUGUUGGCCCGAGGAGCCAGUGUUCAGACAAUGGACGAGAAUGGUCUGACUCCUGCUCUGGCUUGCGCUCCCAGCAGGGAGGUGGCUGACUGUCUGGCUCUCAUUCUGGCUACCAUGAUGCCUUUCUGCUCCCCUUGCAGCUCCGGGGCUCCCUCCCCAGGCUCCCUCCUAAGGCAGUUGCCCCACCACGGGGGCAAGGACCCGGGCACAGGCCCCCGGGGACCACGCAGCCCCAAGAACCCCUCCGGACCAUCCAGUGAGGGAACCACUGAGAACGACUCAGAAGACUCAGAAACAUUCUGACACUUCCCGAGAGACCACCUGCCUCGUCCCCAAAACCCCACCCACCCUCCACCCCGUUCCACACUCUCCACCCUUCUACCUCAAAGUGUGCACCUGACUGAUUGACUUUACUUUCCCCCAUGAAGCCUGAGCAGUGCUGAAAUGAACUGCUGAGUUGUCGCAGGAGAGGCUGUAGUUUCUCAUAAAGCGCUCGUAAAACCCAUAUGCACAUGCACACUUCAGGGAGAAGGGUAGGUAGAGAACCACUCGGGACACAGCCCGGAUGUCGGCGGUGUCUGCAUCUCCUCCGCCCCCGUGCCUGCUCUGGGUCUUCCUCAUCACUGCUAAAUGUACAGAUCUUACCCUUCCUCAAUGCCAGGCUGGGAAGCUUAGUGCCACCUCUUUCAGUGCCCAUGUUCACAAAAGUUCAGCAUUGGGCCCAAACCGUUGCCCUGGACUGGUCAACUCAGCCACCGUGUUUGGCAAAUAUAAGAGUUUGAUCUGGGCCAGGGCUGCACAAUGAUUAUGGUCGGAGUCUGCAUGCUUGUGUUGAACCGAAACUCACAGUUCUCUCCGCUCACGGGUGCUUAAAUCCAAACCAACCUCGGUACUUGUUUCUCCUCUGGCUUGGGAACUAGCCUGAAGAGACUUGUCUGUCUUAAAAAGCCAUUUUUUUUAAUGCUUGUACAAAAAAAUGAAGCGGACCAUUGAGAAAUCUGGGUGUAAUCUUAAGCUUUUUUAGGAUUUAUUGAUAGUUGAUGCAUCAAAUAUUUGAAUUGCACACAUGGUUACUUAAGUAGUGUGAGUCAUUGUUGUGGGAGGAUAUUUACAUGAAACCGGUACAUGGAGCUUACAAUGACUGCCCACUGAUGUUAACUCAAAGAGAAAAAAAUCCAACUGAAGCACAAAUUUAGAAUACAAUUAUUGACCGUUGGCUCUGCAGUGAGGUGCACAGUCACCAUGAGAAGUUGGUUAGCAGAAAGGUUAGCUAGAAAAAAGGGUAGGACACAUUGAUAAACAUAGGGUUUGCUCUCAGAUGUAGCGUUACAGGAGGCUGUCAAACAGUAAUUCCUUUGUCUUCUUCUUUUAAACUUGGAUUCAUUCGUACUAGGGUUAUAUAUACCUCCAUUGCUGGUUUGCCACCGGUACGCCAGUAUUUACCCUAUCUCUUCUCCACCUGCUGUCCUGUAUAUCGGGGCACAUGUUUUAGUCUUGGGGGGGGGGGGGGGGUACCUAAGGAUGAUGUUUUUUUGUUUUUUUUUCUCAUGUUAUUACUUUGAGAUUGACAGCCUCUGCUGCCUGGGCAAAAGCCUUGAAUCACCAAGUUGUCCACACAAAGAGAAGAAGAAAACAACAAAAUGUCUCCUAAGCUACCAGAUUGAAACGCUGAUAAGCUCCUUGGUUGAAAAGGGUGUGUGUAUGUGGAGCGAGGGGGUGGGGGUGGGGCGGUGUCUCCCCACUUCACUUGGUAUUUAUUAACUAUGACACAAUGGUACAAAUACUGCCAGCACUUAAAUGUCAUGUAACACAAGGGCCUUGACCACUUUUCUCCUUUUAUUUUGGCUCCCUGUUCCCUCCGUCCCUCCAUCUCCCGUGUAGGACUGUUUGUCUACCUAUCAUCUAUGUGCCAGUGUCUCAAACUUGUCCAGUGCCUUGUUAUGUCUUUUUAUUCACUUUUAAUCUGUAGAUUUCUUUCACAUGGUGUCCUCUUGAUAGUGGAUGCUGAUAUUCUUUUAAAUUUCAAAGUUUUAAGUUGAUUAUAAUGUGAGGGUUGGCGUUGACGUUUAAUGAGGAAGUGUGUGAGGAGUCAGAUGAGGGACCAUUCUGCAGAUCUGUUAGAUGAAUGCACCUAUAAUCCUGCAGACAGAAUUUACCACACCAUUGCUCUGAAUGCAGUUUGCUUGUGUAUGUGUGUGUGUAUGUGUGUGAGAGUGUGCACCAUAGCUUAAAAGAUUAUUAAAAUUUGAACUGUAUUUGUAUAUAGUGUUGUUACAAAGCACAGUGUUGUCAGUACACAUCUGCGUCACACAGGACCCCUCCAUUCUAAACCGGUCAAAAUGUUAAAAAGGUGAUUAUGAGAAGCAUGUAUUUUAAAAUUAAUUCAGCCACAUCCUUCAGAAUGAUGGGGAAAACAUUUUUUGUAUAUUAUCGGUGAUAUUUGACAUUGCGAACCUGAUUAACCUCAACUGGAUUGGAAUGGAGAUGAACUCGAUGCCUGAUGGACAGUUUGUUGAGAAACACGUUGUCAGUCUGUCUCUACAACAGGUCUGUUCAGUGAAAGGGCAUCUAUCAGUAUUAAUUUACCAGACAGCGAGCUUCACCGGCCGUGACAAUCUCUAUUGGUGUGUCUGAUGAUUUUUAUACCAGUUCCUGAUGCAGUAUGAAACACUGAGGCUGUUUGCCAGCUACCCUUUGUUUUAUAUAUGACUCAUUCAGUUAUAAAAACCUGGUAUAAAAUCCUGC